AUGGCUACAUCAAAUUUAACUGUUGAUUAUUUAUCGAAAGAUGGUCAUUCAGCGAAGGUUAUUUAUUCUGAACCACUUGAUCAUACAGUUCAAUCUACAGAAUCAAUCAAUUAUUCAGAUACUCAUACUCAAGUUCAUCAACCUCAAUCAACGUAUAAUAUUGCUUCUUCGUCACCUUCUAGCAACCUCAAUCGAAAUAUAAUUCAGUCGACAAGUGAAAUUAGUAGUUACAAAACUUGGUCUAUUAUAAAUAUUUGCUGUUGCAAUAUAUGUCUUGGUUGUCUUGCUUUGCAUUAUUCAAACAAGACAAAAGAUUUUAAAAAAGAAGGUCUUUUGCAAGAUGCAUUAAAAAUUUCAAAGGUAGCUCGUAAUAUCAAUUUAGUUACUACAAUAUUGGGCAUAUUCGGUUUGGUAUUCUUCCUUAUCCAACUUCUCAUUCAAUUGAAUUCUGAAACACUUAAAACAUUUCAUGGAUUAUUUUAA